CCCGGCGGAGCGGAGCGGAGCGGAGCUGAGCACCCCGGAACCGCCGCCAUCAUCAACCACCUCUCGGCGUCCUCCCGCGGCGGCCGCAGGAUGGAAGACAGACCAGUCUGAAAAACUGCUCCAUUGUGGACUUUGCUGUUGUCUGCUAGAAUGUUCCUUAUGAAUGCGUCUCCUUUGGUAGCUCUUCAGACAAAAUGGGAGUCCUUUGGACCAGCAAGGAAUUGUAGAUACCCUGUUUGCUUCUCUGAGUCUGAAGGGGACGUCACUAGAACCUCUGUAAGUGCAAAAGUUCAGAUGAUCAUAAACAACCUGCAAACCCAAGAGUCUCCCCUGGGUAUGAACAAUGAGUAUGAUUGUAUUAUGCAGAAGAAACAAAAGGGAGAAAAGGGCACUAGUAACAGAGUCAAUUCUAGUGCCACGUUGCUACGGAAGCAUCCUCAGUACACCAAGUGCAGUCGCCCUGCUGAUUCAGAUGACACUGAAGUGGAAGAGAACGUGGGGUUUGGGACCCUCUUGCUCGAUUCUGAUAGUGAUGAUUCUGUUGACCGAGGGAUAGAGGAGGCCAUUCAAGAGUACUUGAAAGCAAAAAGCAAAAGUGAGCAAAGGAAUGCGGAGUGUUCUGAAAACCUAAGUAGAGACAAAAGGUUUAAGAGGGAAUUCUCCCAGAACAAAAUGGCUGGUAACCUUCUGCCUGUCAAAUUUAAAGCUGAGAUGCUCUCUGAAGAGUACCUGUCUGACCACCUGGGAAUUGGCAAAAGGCUGCAGCCUGCAUCCCCUCAGAGCAUCAGUAGUGAUGACUCUUUUGAGCAGAGCAUACAAGCUGAAAUAGUGCAGUUCUUGAAUGAGAAGAAGCAGCAAGAAAUCAGUAAAUGUGUGAUCGGGGAGGAUAAAAAAGAUUCUCACGUGAGAACGGUCCUAAAAUGCAACAAGGAAACACCAAACCCGCCAGACUGUGGUGCCCUGAAGCAAGGGUGUAAUGCGCUCCUCUUGAGGCACCAUCCCAAGCUGCAGAAAACCAGCACGCAGUCCAAAUGUCUGCAGCCUAAAAUCCGAGGAGAACCCAGUGAUUUCAGCCAGGUGAACCAAGCCUAUCUAGAAAUGGCCACUGUCAGCCAGCCCUGGGUAGUGGAGCAAAGUGAAGAAAGUGGAGCUAAUUACUGGGAGACGAGGAGAGUGCUUAGGAACGAGAGCGCACACAUGUCCGACUCCAGUAGUGAUGAUGGCAUCGAAGAAGCCAUUCAGCUUUAUCAGCUGGAGAAAAUCAGGAAAGAGGCAGCUCAUGGAACAAACUGUGUCCCUUUGCAGAGGGAACAAUUUGAUGCAAAGGGUAUGGCAGACAUUUCUGCAAGCCUGACUAUUAGCUCCACCAAAAGUGCCUCACCAGAAAUCCAUAAAAGCCCCGUAGGCAGCAAGAGAAAAGAAACUAAUUCCAAGUCAACAGAAUUAGAAAGCACCAGCAAUGAAUUUAACAAGCUGUUUAAACCCCUGAAAAAAGCCAGACAUUUUGCACCUCCAGAAAACAAGAUUGCUGCUUGUGAGCUCACGUUCCAGGCCUCUUGCAGAGCAGACUCCUCUGCAGAACUCAUGUGUGCAGAAGCUAUCCUUGAUAUUUCCAAAACAAUUAUGCCAUCCCAAAUGGGAAGUGACAACAAAUCGCUGGCUGCAGACUCCUUCUUUUCUCCCCAGCUUCUCUCCUCCUCCCAUUGUGAAAGUGACAGCAGCCUUGUGGACAGUGAUGAUAGUAUAGAGCAAGAAAUCAGGGCUUUUUUGGCUCUGAAAGCACAGUCCAAAAGCCUUGGAUCAAAGCCUUCCAGCCUGUCACACUCAAUCCAGAUGCCUUUGCCUUCUGAUCGAAACAGCCUCACAGGUACCCUUGAGCCUUCUCUUCCCAAAACACUGAAACUAUCACUGCAUCCUAAGAGGAGACUUAAAAGGGAAGACAGAAUGGCAAAACAAGGUGCAUCAAAGCUACCUGAACAGCUGGAGACAGGACUUUUCCAGCCAGGUAACUACUCAAAAUUCCCUGUGCUCCAAGAGGCAUGUGCCCUGAGCAGCCCUGCAGAACUCUGUGGUGCUCAAAGGCUUGGCAGCAAAGAGACAAGGCAGCAGCAGCCGAUGUCUUCCGAAUUACCUGGGUCUGUUGGCAGAUGUGUGGCCUUGGACUCUGUAAACCCUUUUAUGCAGGUUCAGAGCAGCACAAGAAAGCUCAUGAAAAAUCCCACCCCGACUCAAGAGAGGGAUGGUUCGGAUGAUGAGAGCAGUUCUCUGGACAGUGAUGAGGACCUUGAUAGUGCCAUCAAGGAUCUUUUACGGUCUAAAAGAAAAUUAAAGAAGAAAUCCAAGGACCAGAAAUCUCAGUGCAAGAAGAGAGUCAGGUUUAGCGAGGCAGAAACUCCGCUGCUUGAUGAAUUUAGUAGCUUCCAACAGAAUGAGUGCAAGUGUAAAAAUCCCGUGCUACUGAAAAGCUGCCUCUCAAAACCUAGAAAAGCUGUGAAAGAAAAUGCAAUGAGAAACCCUUCAGACAGCAUAAAUGUAAAACUUUCCAAUGAAAAACCAGAAACCACAAAGAACCUGGAGUCUGACUUGCAGCUUAAAAAAGGAUAUAAACCUAAGCCCAUUUCAAACCAGAGUAACCUGCGGGUGGCUAAAAAUAGACAGUGUUCUUUCAGAGCUGCAUCAGAUGCUGAUGACAGCAGUUCAGUGGACAGUGAUGACAGCAUUGAACAAGAAAUUAGGAGGUUUUUGGCAGAAAAGGCUAAAGAUUCUGCAAGCAGUUCAGAGGUGCAAAAAGAUGAGGCAGCUCUGGACCUGUUGAGAGUGACCAAACCAAUGGCUAAUAAAGGAAAAGUGAAGCAACAGCCAGCUGAAAAUGAGAUUGAGCUCAUGUUGGGUCAGAGUAAAAGGACUGAGGUGUCUCAGCAAACUGAGGAGUUGAAGAACUCUCAGAGAACAGAAGGGAAAAGUGCAAUGUUACCUGGCAGUGGGAAAUCUUCCUCUGCAGAGAAUGUUAAUCGUCAGACUACUGGUCAGUCAAAAGCCAAGCAAGGACUAGUGGGGGUUAAAGGUGUUGCUGGUGGUGAGUUACCUGGAAACACAACAGGUAAAAAGGGUGUCCCAAACACAGAGGCCGUGCAGAAAAUGCUUCCACCUAAAGCCAGCAAAAAGGAAGGUUGUAAAGUGCGGAAAGUAAUUAAUGCAAAGUCCAGAUCUAAAAGGAAGAACACCUUUCACCUAAAAAUUUCAAGUAAAUUUAUUGCAGGUCUAAAAUACACUCGGGACAGGAAGAAAUCCAUGCUUAUGAACAAAAGGCAGAAAGCAGAGCUUCUGCUGGCCCAGAGCAGUGCGUUAGGAACAGAAGUGGCUUCCCAGGACACAGGUGUGCCUAGCCAGGGAAGAGGAGCCCCUAUGGCAAAAGGUGAAUUUAGUGGGGAGUGCACAGCAGCAAUAAAAGAAUCCAGUUCCUCUCAGCAGCUCGCUGUGGAAGUGUCAAGUCCCCAUGUAGCAGAAACCUGUGCGAGACUGGAGGCUGCUCCUCUGUGCAUCAAAGAGGAAGCAGAAGGAUGUGGAAAGGCUGAUGUCUCAGCAGCACAGUCGGACUCACACCCGAGUCUCCCCUUGCAGGAGCAGAGUGUGGCAGCAGUAAAAGUAGAUGAGGUUUGCAGAGGGACACUGAAAGCUGAGAACACACAAAUGUGGACUGAGGAAGGAGAUCUCCACCAAGGCAGCUGGGCAGGUUCAAACUCAGAUCCCCCACACCCUGAGCACAGUGUGGCAAAGGUGGUAAAAGCAGAUCAAGUUAGCAGAGACACAUCUCAGCAGGGCCUACAAGUGUGUGCUAAGGGAGAGGACAACCAGCAGGACAAGAGGCCAGAUCCAAGGUUAGGCUGCCCACUGCAGGAACUAAAUGUGGCAGCUGGAGCAGUGGAUAAAACUAGUGGAGGAGCAUGUACAAAUAACAGUGUGCCAGUGUGCAUAAAGAAAGAAAAAGUGACCUGCCAGGACAGUGACAGGCAGGAAGAAAUUCAGGUAUCCAGCCCCAGUUUGGAAGGAAAAAUACCUGUCCUGCAGAAUAGGGAAACUGCUUGUGAAGUGGACCAAGGGCAAGAAGUUUCAGUCAAAAACUGCAAAAUUUACUGACGUACCUGCAGGGGUCUGCCCAGAUUGAAAAGAAAAGUUUCAAGUAUGUAAGUACACUUUUUUCUUUACAGUAACAGUCUUUGUAGAAAAUACCUAUAAUUAAAAUUACCUUGCUAAAACUUGAGACAUGAAAGGAGAGACAGUGGGAACUGCUGAUACCUGUAUAUCAGAUACACACUAAUGUGAAAAAUGCUUCUAUUUAACAGGGAUAUCAUGGAUAAACAUACAUAGUUGUUUUUUGUAGAAUUUUGUAAAUUAUUUAAAGUGCUCUAAGGAAAUAUUUUUUUAUAAUGAUUUUUAGGGCUCACAAUUACUACAGGGUGUUGUAGUUACUGUAGAUAAGAUACUGGCUAAUCACUCUCUAAAUUAUGAGGCCUCUAAUCACAUAUCAAAAGGAAACCUGUUUGUGCUCAGAAUAUAUUUGGCAAUCUGUUAAGAGAUCCUAGGAAAAUGCAGCAUUUGAAAGCAGUGCUGUGCUUUUGAAGCAGAUUAUCUGGCACCUGUUCAUAUUCAAGCUGCCUUAGGACAAUCCUGUGUAGUGGUUUUAUGCUGGGGUCUCAGUUCUCCCACCCCAAGGCUGGUUGGGCGAGUUCAGUGAGCAGAACUCCAGCAAAGUCAGCACAGCUCUGGGUGUGGAAAUCCAUCCUUGAAGAUACAAAUGCAAAUUCAGGUAAAUGAAGUGGAUCGGUCUGUCUGCACGUCUGUGUAAAGUGAUCUCGGCAGCUGCUGGAAGUACCUUUUGAAUCCAGAAACCUCUUGCUGACAGAUGAUGCAAUUGGAGAAAAGCGAAGGAACGUGUCCAUUCAGGCAACGUGAUUUCUGUGGGUUUCACUAGAUUUAUGUACUGUUGGACCUGCAAGGCUGAAACAGUCCCUUGUUACUCUCAAGUCUGAUUUUGAUGCUCUGCAGUCACCCCGAGAUGGGGUUUGGUUUUCUGAAUGAACUUUCUUCAGUUGAGUGCCCUUACUUCCCUUUUUGAGAAGUGGUUUCUAAAAUGUUACAUUUCUGUGAACUUUUAUUUUCAUUUACAGUUUCUGUGCAAUAGAGCAAAGCUAGGGUUGCUGUAGGAAGUCCCUGAUGUAAAUGCCAAGGAUAUUUUCAGCACUGUUCUUUCAUACUGGUAGUGUUUUAUCUGCCUCUGUUUCCAGCAGCCAGAAUAAAGCAAUUUUUCACUACUAUCUUUUUAUUUGUACUAACUUUAAACGGGAUUGAAGUAGCAUAUUCAUACCACAAAUAAAAAGUGUCCUCAUGCUGGAUUCACUAAAAAAAUCCAAGAAGUGUGAAUUUAAGCUGUUGGCUGGUUCUUUCCUUUUCAUUUGUGUGUGGUGAAGUCCUUUGAGUAGUUUGUUCUUACAUCUUGUCCGUGUGGAUUGAUCUGAUACUCUCUUUAUCUAGUCUUCUACAGAACUUCUCUCAGCCAAACCACCACUUGGUAUCCCUUGGUUCCUCACUCACUUCAACAGUCUUCCAGGAGGCUGGCCUUAAACUUGCAAAAUGGAGCAAAACCAGUCAAGAACGGAUCCAGUAUCACAUCCUACCCCUGGUGUUUACAGAAUGUUGGCAGACUGCAGCGUGUGGUAGACUAGAAGGAAUAACUGUGGCAUGUAGAGAAAUAAACAACAUCCCUUGUGUGUUUAUACUGUUGUGCAGUUACAUUUUAAACAUGUUUAUAGUGGUCACUUGACAUUUCUUACUGUCCAGCCACCUUUUUAUAGUCCUCUGGUUGGUUGGUUUGUUUAAGAGAUCAGUAUGCUAGAUCAUCUCAUUUUUGUGGUAGGUUACCUUGGAAGAGUGUUUUCUUACUUAGCUGACCUGCCUCCACAGGCACCUAGUUUUGUCUGCCUUGGUUCAGUUGCAGGAUUUGAGCCUUUUGUUUGGAGUAGGUAAAUAGGCUGGUUCUUUAAAAUAGAAGUUUUCAGAGUACCUUGCUUUAAAAGGAGUAAACUGUAUACUUAAUUUUAAUAGAGAUGAUGGAAGCACCAUGUACUGUUUAUAUAAAAUAAGCUGAAUGUUUCUGCUCAGAAGUUUUCAGUAAAUCAACAUGAAGACUGAAAAGGUGUCUUGUGCCCCUGUCCGUGUCGGUGUUCUCAGUACUACUUGUGAACUGAUUCACUUUCAGUUAAGAUGCAGAUCCAAUUACCUUGUGCUUUAAAGAAAAUAAAAAUAAUUUCAAACAGCACUUUUUUUUUUAAAUUGAUAAACUUGAUUUGUAUAUAGGAAAUGGUGUACAUUGAUAAGUUUAUAAUGUUUAAUAAACGGAGUUCUGACCAAGGAA